CCCCCUCCCGCGAGCCUCGAGGGUCCUUGGCUGGCGGAGGGCGAGUCAGUGUCAGUCAAGGAGGCGGGCUGCUGAGCACUGGGUGCGGACGCUCUGUUGCAGUCUCGCUCAGGGGCCGGUGCCUGCGCUCGCGCCGUCGGGUGGGAAGGAUGAAGCCGCAGCUGGAGCAGCCACCGUAUGAUUGGCUGUGGCGCUUGUGAACCCGAAGUAAAGAUGGCGGGCGGGCAGGCAGUCGCCGCACUGCCCACUUGGAAGAUGGCCGCGCGCCGCAGCCUCAGCGCCCGCGGCCGGUGGGUUCUGCAGGCGGCGGGGCGGCUACUGCCGCUGCUACUGCUGAGCUGCUGCUGCGGCGCGGGCGGCUGCGCAGCGGCGGGCGAGAACGAGGAGACGGUGAUCAUCGGGUUGCGGCUGGAGGACACGAACGACGUGUCGUUCAUGGAAGGGGGGGCGCUGCGGGUGAGCGAGCGGACCCGGGUCAAGCUGCGGGUGUACGGGCAGAACAUCAACAACGAGACGUGGUCCCGCAUCGCCUUCACCGAGCACGAGCGGCAGCGCCACAGCCCCGGCGAGCGCGGGCUGGGGGGCCCGGCGCCGCCAGAGCCGGACAGCGGCCCCCAGCGCUGCGGCAUCCGUACCUCAGAUAUCAUCAUCUUGCCCCAUAUCAUUCUCAACCGCCGUACAUCGGGCAUCAUUGAGAUCGAGAUCAAACCGCUGCGCAAGAUGGAGAAGAGCAAGUCCUAUUACCUGUGCACGUCGCUCUCCACGCCCGCCCUGGGCGCCGGCGGCCCGGCGUCCGCGGGUGGCACUGUCGGAGGCAAGGGCGGCUCCGGGGUGGCCGGGCUCCCGCCGCCCCCGUGGGCUGAGACCACCUGGAUUUACCACGACGGCGAGGACACCAAGAUGAUCGUGGGCGAGGAGAAGAAGUUCCUGCUGCCCUUCUGGCUGCAGGUGAUCUUCAUUUCGCUGCUCCUGUGCCUGUCCGGCAUGUUCAGCGGCCUCAACCUGGGGCUCAUGGCCCUGGACCCGAUGGAGCUGCGCAUCGUGCAGAACUGCGGCACGGAGAAGGAGAAAAAUUACGCCAAGCGCAUCGAGCCCGUGCGCAGGCAGGGCAACUACCUGCUGUGCUCGCUGCUGCUGGGCAACGUGCUGGUCAACACCACGCUCACCAUCCUGCUCGACGACAUCGCCGGUUCAGGCCUCGUGGCCGUGGUGGUCUCCACCAUCGGCAUCGUCAUCUUCGGGGAGAUCGUGCCCCAGGCCAUCUGCUCCCGACACGGCCUGGCUGUAGGGGCCAACACCAUCUUCCUCACCAAGUUUUUCAUGAUGAUGACCUUCCCCGCUUCUUACCCGGUCAGCAAGCUGCUGGACUGCGUCCUGGGCCAGGAGAUAGGCACCGUCUAUAACCGGGAAAAACUGCUGGAGAUGCUCCGGGUCACCGACCCCUACAACGACCUCGUAAAGGAGGAGCUGAACAUCAUCCAAGGCGCGCUGGAGCUCCGCACCAAGACAGUGGAGGACGUGAUGACUCCCCUCCGGGAUUGCUUCAUGAUCACCGGCGAAGCCAUUCUGGACUUCAACACCAUGUCGGAGAUCAUGGAGAGCGGCUACACUCGCAUUCCAGUGUUUGAGGGGGAGCGCUCCAACAUCGUGGACCUCCUCUUUGUCAAAGACUUGGCCUUCGUGGAUCCAGAUGACUGUACUCCCCUGAAAACCAUCACUAAAUUUUAUAACCACCCCUUGCACUUUGUUUUCAAUGACACCAAGUUGGAUGCUAUGCUGGAAGAAUUUAAGAAAGGUAAAUCUCACCUGGCUAUUGUGCAGCGAGUAAACAAUGAGGGAGAGGGGGAUCCGUUUUAUGAAGUUCUGGGAAUUGUCACAUUAGAAGAUGUGAUUGAAGAAAUCAUCAAAUCUGAGAUUCUAGAUGAAACAGAUUUAUACACUGAUAACAGAACAAAAAAGAAAGUGGCCCAUCGUGAAAGAAAGCAAGAUUUUUCCGCCUUUAAGCAGACAGACAGCGAGAUGAAGGUUAAAAUAUCACCACAGCUUCUCUUGGCCAUGCACCGUUUCCUAGCAACAGAAGUAGAAGCAUUUAGCCCAUCCCAGAUGUCAGAGAAGAUUCUGCUAAGGCUGCUAAAGCACCCCAAUGUCAUCCAGGAGCUGAAGCAUGAUGAGAAGAACAAGAAAGCACCAGAACACUACCUCUACCAGCGAAACAAACCUGUAGACUACUUCGUUCUCAUUCUGCAGGGGAAAGUGGAAGUGGAAGCUGGGAAAGAAGGUAUGAAGUUUGAAGCGAGUGCUUUUUCAUACUAUGGUGUAAUGGCCCUUACAUCCUCUCCAGUUCCUUUGUCCCUGUCUCGUACCUUUGUUGUCAGCAGAACAGAGUUGUUAGCAGCAGGUUCUCCAGGUGAAAACAAGUCACCUCCUCGCCCAUGUGGCUUGAAUCACUCAGACUCUCUCAGUCGAAGUGACCGGAUUGACGCAGUAACACCGACGCUGGGGAGCAGCAAUAACCAGCUCAAUUCUUCAUUCCUUCAAGUCUACAUCCCUGAUUACUCAGUGCGAGCCCUGUCUGAUCUCCAGUUUGUUAAGAUCUCGAGACAGCAAUACCAAAAUGCCUUGAUGGCAUCCCGGAUGGACAAAACUCCUCAGUCUUCAGACAGUGAAAACACUAAAAUUGAAUUGACUCUUACGGAGCUGCACGAUGGGUUGCCAGAUGAGACGGCCAACCUUCUCAAUGAACAGAACUGUGUGACGCACAACAAGGCCAAUCACAGCCUGCACAACGAAGGUGCCAUCUAGGGGCGCCCCCACCAGCCCUCACCCUUCCCACCCCGAGGCCCCAGGCCAGGCCGCUCAGCCUCAUCCUCCAUCUGACCAUGAAUCCCGUUAGUGUGAGCUUGUGUGCCAUGCUGCAUCCUGCAACAUCCUGAGACCAAAGACUUUGUCCCCUUCCUGGAAGCAGCAAAGGAGGAUGGAAAGGGGAAGAAUGGAAAUCAGAGAUGUGAAAUCGACAGCUAGGGCGUGGCAUUUGAGAUUUUGGAGAUGAACUUCUUCCACCCGAAUAGAAUCAUGUUUAUUUUUUCAGCUGUACCUUUUAUCAUAACUCACUCUCCUCCUUCCUCGAUUUGCAUGAAGUUGAGAAUUGUUGCAAUUUAUUUUUUUCAAGAGAUCAUGUUUUUUAAAAGUGUCUUUUGCAGAGUUUUAAGUUGUUCUGUCUGAACUCUGCUGUGACCCCAUGAUGUGACCCUAAUAGGAUGGACCUGCCCCUCAGGGGCCUUCCUUGGCCCUCCCAGGGUGGGACACCCUUCCCCUGUGCCCUAGUGGGUGUCGCUGUUGAACUUGAAGGAUGAAUGAAGAAAACUGUGUUGCUGCGGACCUGCCGAGUCUGUCGGCUCUGUGGGGUGGAGCCUCUACAGGGACCUGCAGUUGCCUCUGAGCUCAGUGUUGUUUUAAGUUAGUGUUUAACUGUGCCCCUUUCCCUUAGAAAGGUUUAACAUUUGCUUGGAAUGUGAUUUUUGCUCCCACUCUAAGGAAUUUUUAUCACCAAAAUGAAUGUUAAUGAAUUUUAAACCCAUGGUUUAUCACUGGCAAGAGGCAAGUUGACUUCAUCCUGACAUUCCUACAGCCUGGGAUCUCUGGCUCAGCCCGGCCUCCUCCCCAGCCUUGUGCCCCAGCUUCCAGAGUGUCAUCACCCACCUCCCCAUCCUUGCUCUUAUUAACCCAAGAUGCUGCUACACAGAUGCCAAAUGGAAAUCUUCCACAGGGCUUUUGAGUAAACAUGUGGUGUGGAGGUCAAGCUCCUCCUCUUCCCACCAGGAUGUGUGUCAUUGUCAGAAAAGGAUUUGGACCUUCCAGCUGUGCUCUGUGCUCCAUGCCGAGAAGGCAUUUCUAGACCCAUGUAUUUAAAGGAGGGAACUUUGGGGACUGUCAGCCCCUGCCCCUCCUUCCAGGGAGCCAACUGUCCCUCUUCCCCUCUGUCCCUGGGCCCGUGGGGCCCAGCAGUGGCUGUGUCCCCUGCCCGAGGACCUCCGUGCCUCCCGCCUCAGAUGCGGCCCACGCCAGAGAGGCUGCCUGUACAGCCAGGGUCAGUUUGGCCCCAAACAGGGAUUCAGAAACCAAAUGUGUGUUGUGGCCAUUUCAUGUGUGUCUCUAUCUUAUUUUAAUACCAAAUUCAUCACAUGUAGUGGAAUUAAUGUCAGGAGAUAUUUCUUGAGUGACUGAAUUCUUAA